AUGGAUGCCAAGAUCAGACCACUCUUCGAGACCGUAUUGCAGGAGAGAAAACUUCCCGGAUUCGGUGCUUUCGUCGUCGACUCAACCGGGAAGCUCCUCCUGAACGAAGCGGUGGGGAAGGUCAACCGUGACGAUGGCACCAGCGCCGGUUUCACCGCAGACACGAUACUGCCGUUAUACUCAUGCACGAAACUAGUGACCAGCAUCGCAGCCCUACAGCUCGUUGAGCAGGGCAAGAUGUUACUUUCGGACACGGUCGAAAAGUAUGUGCCCCAGAUCUCGGAGAUCCAGCUGCUCGAGUCCAUCACGCAGUCGGCGGACGGGAAGGCCCCAGACAUCAAGUGGUCGAAGCCCACGUCAACGCCCACCAUCCACCAGCUAUUGACGCAUACAGGGGGCUUCUCGUACGACUUCUUCCAUGCGCCGACCCUCCAAUGGCGCGCCUCCACCGGUCGGGACCCCUGUCUGUAUCAUGCCGUGGGAGCCUGGCAAGAUUUUAAAACACCCUUCGUAGCCCAACCCGGUUCCAAGUACAUCUACGGCGUCAACACAGACUGGCUGGGCUUCGUGGUCCAGGCGGUCACGGGGACCCGGCUGCCUGAAUACAUUGACGAUCACGUCCUCAAACCGCUCGGCAUGACCGCUUCAGGCGCAUUCCUCGACAAGAGCAAGCCGCGGCUGGUGACGCACCUCCGCCUCAACGGCAUCGACCUCGUCGCCAACCCCGCCGCUGCCAAUCAGGAAUCUCCCGAGGUCUUCGGAGGCGGUGGAUUCCUCUACUCGACGAUGAACGAUUAUGCGAAGCUCCUGUCCACGCUACUCAAUCAAGGCACCAGCCCGUCCACCGGUGCGACGAUCCUGCAACCUUCAAGCGUGCAAAAGUACCUCUUCACCGACCAGCUCGGGCCCGAGGUCGACAAGUCCGCGCUGGGCGAGAUCCCCACCGCGAUACCUCUGCUCUCCAACGAAGGCACCUUCUUCCCGUCCCUGCCCGUCGAGGCCAAAGGCUGGUCGUACGGCCUGCUCAUGAACCACGAGGACCUGCCCCACGGCCGCAAGAAGGGCAGCGGCGCGUGGGCCGGGCUCGGCAAUCUGUACUACUGGAUUGACCCCGCGAGCGGGAUUGCGGGCAUGGUUGUCACGAACAUUCUGCCGUUUAUGGAUAGGAGUAUUCUCUAUCUGUUGGACCAGGUCGAGAGGGUCGCGUACGGUCAUGAUAUUGUGCCUGAGAGUAAGGCGACCGGGAAUCAUGUGGCCGGGGCGGUGGUAGAGGCGAAGCUAUGA